AUGACCGACUCCAAAACUGCUGCCCCCAAGGGCCCCAACCAGGAUGACCGUCCUGCUUCCCCGGCUGCGGGCGAACUCGUCCCCGGGAUCGACAUGGAGCACUAUAGAAACACGGUCCCGUUGUGGAAGCGGGUAUGGCAGCACAGUCUGACGCAGAUGAUGCUUCUGAGUAUCCAGGCCUUCUGCGGUCCCGCCAUGUCCGAUGCAAUUGCUGGCCUCGGCGGUGGUGGUCUUGCAACACCCAAAGUAUCCAACAUCUCAAACGCCAUAAACUACGCCAUGCUUGCAAUCGUUUGCUUUCUGGGCGGGCCACUGGUGAACAAGAUCGGAGUCAAGUGGGCGCUGGUUCUGGGUUCCAUGUCGUUUCCUAUUCAGGGGUCUGCGUACUACUGCAACAGCAAGUUCGGCAAUCAAUGGUAUCUUAUUUUCAGCGGUGCCAUCAGCGGCGCCGGGACGGCGUGCUGGUACGUCGCAGAGGCUGGUUGCAUUAUGACCCUCGCGCCGUCUGGUGCUCGUGGAAAGUAUCUGGCGCUGUGGAUUGUGUCGAGAAACCUCGGACAGCUUGUGGGAGGAGCCAUCAAUCUGUCAAAGAACCACGUCGAAGGAGCCGAUGGUGGUAUCACCCCAGACACCUACAUCGCCUUUGUGAUUAUUGAAUGUCUUGCCCUCCCAUUCGCUCUGUUGAUUGCUCCCUUUGAACGCGUUGUCCGUUCUGAUGGGACUAAGAUCGUCAUGGCCGAAACCCUCUCCACCAAACGAGAGUUCAAGCAGAUCCUCAAGACCAUGACUUCAAGGCUUAUCCUACUGUCUGGAAUCUGGGCACUGUGGUCAUUCUUCUACUCGUGCGUAUCCCUCAGCCCGUUAAGAAGGACCUACUUCUCCGUCCGCGCCCGAGCCCUCUCGUCUCUCAUCUCACCCUUUUUCUGCAUCGUCGGAUGCUUCGGCCUCGGAUUCAUCCUCGACAUGAAGGGCUUCAGCCAACGCCGCCGCGCCCAGAUGGGUCUCUACACUGUUGUCAUUCUUAAUGUCGGUGUCUACAUCUGGUCCAUUAUCAUGCAGAACAAGUUCAACCACCAUAACCCCGGCCACAUUGACUGGAAUGACGGACUGUAUCCAUCAUCCUUCCUGCCGUACUUCUUCGUGCAGACAACCGGCCCGCUCUCGCAGUCGUACAUGUACUGGUUGCUGUCGUCAUUCGCGACAGAUGCGCAGGCAAAUGUCCGUAAUGGCGCUAUGUUUAGGUGCAUUGAAGCAAUUGGACAGGCCAUUGCCUAUGGUAUGAACACUCAGACGGACAGUAAUCCUUUGAUCGGAUUCACGCCGGACCAGAUUCCUGCAGAUGUAGUUGCCCAGGAGCAAAAUGCCGCUCUUGCAAAGGCCGAGGAUGUCUAA